CCUGUUCCACUCUUUUAGAAGAUUGAUUACAGACAGGGGUUUCAUCGUUCUCUCUCUUUCUCCGAUUCUCUGCUGCUUAUUCCUUACGAGGUUUUGCUGCGACACUCCUCCUUACAGAUUCGUAACAAUCAUGGCUGAUGAAGAAGUUGCAAUUAAAGUAGAAGGUGAAGAUGUUGGAGAUAUUGUUCCCUUUGAUCCAUCCAAGAAGAAGAAGAAGAAGAAGGUUGUGAUUCAAGAACCUGAAGAGGACUCUGUGGACAAGUUGGCUGAGCAAACUGAGAGCUUAUCAGUUGCUGAUGGCCUUGAAGCUACUUUUUCUGGAUUGAAAAAGAAAAAGAAAAAACAGGUGCAGACUGACCUUUUAACUGAGGACAAAGAAAACACAAUUGAUGAGGUAGAUGAUCACAUUGGAGAGGAUGAAGAAGGAGAAGGUAUUGUCCUGGAAGCUCAGUUUCCAUGGGAAGGAACAGACAGGGACUAUGAGUAUGAAGAGCUUCUUGGUAGAGUAUUUAACAUUCUGCGUGAGAACAAUCCUGAGCUUGCUGGAGAUAGACGCCGAACAGUCAUGCGACCUCCACAGGUUCUCCGUGAAGGCACCAAGAAAACUGUGUUUGUGAACUUAAUGGAUCUCUGCAAGACUAUGCAUAGGCAGCCAGAGCAUGUUAUGACUUUCUUACUAGCUGAAAUGGGAACUAGUGGAUCUCUUGAUGGACAACAAAGGCUAGUUGUCAAGGGAAGAUUUGCACCAAAGAAUUUUGAAGGGAUCCUGAGGAGAUAUAUCAAUGAGUAUGUCAUUUGCAAUGGUUGCAAAAGUCCAGACACAAUUUUAUCAAAAGAAAAUCGUCUAUUUUUCCUCCGAUGUGAGAAGUGUGGUUCUGGGCGAUCAGUGGCUCCGAUCAAAGCUGGUUUCGUGGCCAGAGUUGGGCGGCGAAAGGCUGGGACGACAUAAAGAAUUUGAUAAGCAGGUGUCUUUUGUUCUUUUCUUAUGCUUUCAUGGGCAGAGAUUUCAUAAUCUGUUAUCCUAGAAAAGAACACUAAGGAAAGGAGGAGGAGGUUCUACUCUUUUUCUCUCAUUUUAUUUUCUCUUGACAUGUAACUUUUUACAUAUCUUAUUUUUGACCUCAACUCUCUCUCUCUACCUAUCAUCUAGCACAAUGUUGUUGGCAUUUGUUUUAAAAUAUUCUAUGGCUUGUUAUCUA